GUGCUCCCCCGUCGUCUCCCCGGGGUAUCCUGGUCCCUCGCUGCCAUGGCCAUGCAGAUGCAGCUCGAGGCCAGCGCAGACACAUCAGCAGAGGAGGAAAGCUUUGGGCCACAGCUCAUAUCCAGGUUGGAGCAAUGUGGCAUAAAUGCCAAUGAUGUGAAGAAGCUGGAAGAAGCUGGAUUUCACACAGUGGAGGCUGUGGCUUAUGCACCGAAGAAGGAGCUGCUGAACAUUAAAGGCAUCAGCGAAGCCAAAGCCGACAAAAUCUUGGCUGAGGCAGCCAAACUGGUUCCCAUGGGCUUCACCACAGCCACAGAAUUCCACCAGCGGCGGUCGGAGAUCAUCCAGAUCACCACUGGCUCCAAAGAGCUGGAUAAGCUGCUUCAAGGAGGAAUAGAAACAGGGUCCAUAACAGAAUUAUUCGGGGAAUUCCGUACUGGGAAGACGCAGCUGUGUCACACGUUGGCCGUCACCUGUCAGCUCCCCAUAGACCGUGGGGGCGGUGAGGGAAAAGCCAUGUACAUCGACACGGAGGGGACCUUCCGUCCAGAGCGGCUCCUGGCCGUGGCUGAAAGGUAUGGCCUGUCUGGCAGCGAUGUCCUGGACAACGUGGCCUAUGCUCGGGGCUUUAACACCGACCACCAGACGCAGCUGCUGUACCAGGCUUCGGCCAUGAUGGCUGAAUCACGGUACGCGCUGCUGAUCGUGGACAGUGCCACAGCCCUGUACCGCACGGAUUACUCGGGAAGGGGGGAGCUCUCCGCCAGGCAGAUGCACCUGGCCAGGUUCCUGCGGAUGCUGCUGCGCCUGGCGGACGAGUUUGGAGUGGCUGUCGUCAUCACAAACCAGGUGGUGGCACAGGUGGAUGGAGCUGCCAUGUUUGCUGCAGAUCCCAAAAAGCCCAUUGGAGGCAAUAUCAUCGCUCAUGCUUCCACCACCAGGCUGUACCUGCGGAAAGGCCGAGGUGAGACCAGGAUCUGUAAAAUCUAUGACUCUCCGUGUCUUCCCGAGGCUGAAGCCAUGUUUGCUAUCAAUGCCGACGGAGUGGGAGAUGCUAAAGACUGAAAACUCCUUCUCUUCCCCUGGAUCCCAAGACUGUGUCUGUAAGAGGCUCCGUUCCUGGUGGCACCUUAGGGAUACUUCCCAAGGCAGCGGGCAGAGGAAGCUGUGGUGUGUCAGUGUGGGAACCAUCGGGACACACCGAGCACAGCCGGAGCUGUUGGGAAGAGAUCUCCCUCUGGGCUGCAGGCACAGCUGAGGUCCCUGUGCUUCCUCAGCAACAUUCCCAGAGGACCAUA